CUACAUAGUCUGCGAUUCAGUUACAGCUGAAAGGGAAAACCCCAGUUCACUCACCCACCUACUUCCUAAUUUGAGUGAAUGAGAGAGGGAGACUCUGAAUUCAGUUCAGAUCAUAGAGUCAGCGAGCAGCACAGCGCAGAGGUUAUCAUCAUGACUGCAGCGCGUGAUCAAUAGCCUAAUAGUAAUAAUGCACAUGACAAAUUGUCAUUGCCCUAAAAUGACAUUCUUCUAAUUGCAUGUGAAAUUAAUAAGGAUGUUUAUUCAGUUCUAUUUUUUCUAAACUAACCAUUUAAUAGAAAACUUUGUGCAUACGCGGAGGCUAUGAAUUUAAAUGUUUCAGUGAGCUGUGCUAAAACCUAUUGAGCAAAGCGCGUAAGUAUGUUGUUUAAUCUAGACAGCAAGAGGUGAUAGUCAUCUUGGGACGGAGUCAAGAUAGUCAUAUUGACACAAUGUUAAUAAAAGGAUUCGUCUAGGACCCAUAUAUCGCCUACCUGAGGACGAGGACAAUGACAAUGAGCGGCAGUAAUCACACUGUGCCACUGGAUCUUACCAACAAAACCAGAGAGCGUGGGAGCUGCGCGCAACCGGGAGACCAAGGUCGCCCUAAACAUACUCCAGAAAGACAGGUGAAACCGAAGCAAAGGUUCAGCACUGGACUCGGGAUUCUUCCCCCUGAAUCACGGGACAGUUGUGAUGGAUCAGUUUCGCAGACAACUCAAACAGAUUAUGGGGAUGUCAGGGCAAGCAGGACGCGCGAGGGUCCCACACAAACCCGACCUAUAACUCCGAAGUGCAACAGUCAGACGGACGCUGCAGGGAAACCGACAGAUUCCUCAUUUUCCACGCGUCCGAUAAAGAAACGUCCUUUCCCUCCGGAUGUGGAUCAUGAUACCAGUGGUCCAAGAAAUAUUCCACAUAGCCCGGGUGCAAAAGAGUUGAAGGACUCUGCCGUGGGUCAAAUACACAAAGAUGCACCGCUGAGAUUCUCUGACUCGCAGUUCGUAACACCAUAUCUUAUAGCAGGCUAUCCAUUUUUCCAGUUGUCUCGGCAUUACAGUCAACAGGAAUGCAUUGCUUUUCCGGUUCCCAAUCUUUCACCUCCUCCGCCACUGGAAAGCACAGAUCGUCUGCUGGCAGAUAUUGCUGCGGCCACAUGUCAGGAUGAAGAUGGUGACACGUGAGUCUUUACCUCUUAC